CAGACUGAUAUCCGUGGCCGUCCUCCACGUGCGCAGCAGAGUGCGGGAGUCCAACGCCGACAGCUUGGUCAGACUUGGAUCCACUUACAGGGACAAUGCCAGGGAGUCAGUGGGGAUAUGGAAAACAGGACGGUCCCUCUGUGUGGCACAAAAGCUUCCCCGUUGCCGAGGGGAGCCGGCAGUCUCCCAUUGACAUCGUCCCCCAACAGGCUUCACAUGAUCCCAGCCUGGGUCCGAUUGUCCUGAACUAUGAUCGAUGUACCUCCAUCAGCAUCGCCAACAAUGGACACUCUGUUGUUGUGGAGUUUGAGGACUCAGAUGACCGUUCAGUGAUCCAGGGAGGCCCUCUUGACAACCCUUACAGGCUGAAACAGUUCCACUUCCACUGGGGCGGAAAAGGCUGCGAUGGCUCUGAGCACACUGUUGCAGGAAGGAGCUACGAUUCUGAGCUUCAUUUAGUACACUGGAAUGCUGUCAAGUACAAGACGUUUGGGGAGGCGGCAGAAGCUCCGGAUGGCCUCGCUGUCCUCGGCAUCUUUUUAGAAACAGGUGACGACCACAGAUGGCUCCACACGAUAACAGACGCUCUUUACAUGGUGAAGUAUAAGGGCAGUGUCACAGAUUUCAAAGGUUUCAACCCUAAGUGCCUCCUGCCCAGUAGCCUCCACUACUGGACCUACCUGGGAUCACUGACCACACCCCCCCUGCAUGAGAGCGUCAUCUGGAUUGUUGUGCAGGAGCCAAUCAUGCUGUCUGAAAAACAGCUGGGCAAAUUUAGAACGCUUCUGUUCACUGGAGAGGAAGAGGAUCAGAGGACACGCAUGGAAAACAACUUCAGGCCUCCCCAGCCUCUCAAAGGAAGACUGACAUCACACCGCUCUGCCAUCUGCAGAUCCAUGACUUCGGCCUCCCUACUGAUCCCGAUUGAUCCCAUGUUGAUCCGGCCUGUUGCUGGUGGAUUCCCAGUCCUUGUGGCCAUAGAUCCUUUCCAGUCCCAACAAUCCCAACUGGAGGUCGGAUUGGAUUAGAGCUGCCUUUGCUUAAACUGCUCUGUUUGGCCAUGACAUAGGACAUGAAUGUCUCAGGUCCUUGAGAGCUCAAGAGACGGACUAAUAUCACCACAAGCAGCUGUUAUUUUAAGCAAAAACCUCUUUAAACUAAAGCAGCCCAAACAACAAGCCAAUGAAUUCAAUAUUUCAAUUAAACUUCAAAUCUCUGUCUUUAAACUGCAUCCUGCCUCAAGAGUUGUGUUUCCUGGUUCGGUGUUUUUACUAUGCAGUAAGUGAUGCACACGGUCAUUACCAGCUCACCUCUGAAGCUCCACUUGUCAGAGAAGCACAUGCACAGUCCAGUAUGUACAUGCCUGACUGAGUAUCUCACUUGAGAGAGUUAUUGCAGCUUUGUGUAAUGUAUGUAGAUGGACUUGGAUUUUACUACUAGAGACAGAUACUGUACAAUAAAACGCACACAUGGAGAAUGGCACCUCUGAUUGUUUGUUGAUGUGAAAGAACAUUCAAAUUGUAAUUUAUGGGUGGUCUGGAUAUUUUUGUAAUGCAUUCAAAAUCUUCCCAUGUUUGCUGAAUGAAAUAAAAUUCAAUGUAACUUUG